AGAGCCUCCUGGCCCCCUGCAGCAAUGCAGCUGCCCGGCCGCCCGGCCGGGGCCGCGCCGCUCGGUGGCCGGCGCGCCAUGGGCGCUGCAGCUUCCGGCGCGCCGCUGCGACGCGGCCUGCCCGGCAGCCGCAGAGAGGCCGCUGCGACGGCUGCGCGCCAGGGCCGAUGAGCGCGGGGGGCGGCGCGGCGGAGCCCCUGUCCCGGACGGCCGCCGCGGGCCCCGGCGGCGCCUCCUACGGCGCCGCGGAGGCUGGCGGCGCGGCGGGCGAGGGCUGCAGCGGGAGGCUCCUCGCGCUGGUCCUCUGCCUGUGCUGCGCGGUGGUGGCCGAGGGCUACGACAUCGGUGUCCUCAACGGCGUGGCCGUGCGCAUUCAGGACGAGUUCGGCUUCGGGGCCUUCAGGAUCGGCGUCAUCAUCUCCGUGACGCCCCUCUUCGUCAUCAUGGGCUCCGGGCUGGGAGGGUGGCUGGCGGACCACUACGGACGCCAGCGGGCGCUCGCAGCCACGCUGUGCUUCCUGGUGGUCGGCCCAGUCGUCAUGUCGUUGGCGAACGGUUUCGACCUGCUCGUGAUUGGGCGGGCAUUGGUGGGCACAGGCAUUGGUGCUGGCCUGGUCGUCGUCAGCGCCUACAUCGCGGAGAUCGCACCCGCCAGUUUGCGAGGCCGCUUCGUCGGCAUCGAAGAGGUGUCCCUGAACGUCGGAAUGUUGCUGGGCUACAUCGCGAAUUGGGCCAUGGUCGGCCUGGAGGACGACUGGCGGUACAUGCUGGCUUUGGGCUCUCUGUUCAAUUUGGCGGUCAUGGCUGCCCUGGUGCUCGGGUGCAUUCCCGAGUCCCCAAGGUGGCUCAUGCUCCAUGGGCGUGACGAGGAGGCGUCGGCCAUCCUGGCCCGAUUCACGGGCGCUCGCGAGGCUGCGGGGGCACUGAGAGCGUGGAAGGCGGUCCCCCGCGCGGGCCCCGUGGCGCCUGUGGCGGCGCUGUGGCCCCUCGACCCGCCGAUGCGACGGGCGCUGACCGCCGGCAUUGUGGUGGGCGUGGCGCAGACCUGCUGUGGGUACCUGGCCGUGGCGUACUACUCCAGCAAGGUCAUGAGCAGGGUGAUGGGGGAGCGGCAGGCCUUCCUGAACACCGUGAUCAUGGGCCUCAUCGCGACCCUGGUCGUGGUGGCGGUCGUCUUCCGGGUGGACGACAUCGGGCGCCGCACAGCGCUGCUGGCGUCGACGGCGGGCACGGCCGGCGGGUGCGUCUGGGUCGCCGUCGCGUUCCACAACGCCUGGAACCCGUGGGCGCUGGCGGCAGGUCUCACGUCCCCCUUCGGUUCUGGAUCUUCAUGGCGGGCUUCUCCUUGGGACUGGGGCCAGUGACCUUCGUCUACGUGGCCGAGAUAUUCCCGACCGAGCUCCGCGGCAAGGCCACGGACGUCG